AAUAAUAAACUCAUAGUGAAGACAGUGUUUACCUAUUGCGCUUGUAGUUCAUAUUUUGUCCAAUAGCUGUCGCUAAAGUCGCAUAAAAUACGAGCGAUAGAUGGUGAACAACCUUAAUAAUGAUCAAACUGAUUGGUAGAUAAGUUCAUCAAAAUAUCUUAAGAUGUCGCUACUAUUUAUAUAUAUUAAUAUGUGUCAAUAUAUAUUUUGGUCGGAGUCGUGUCGUGGAUCAUCGUGAACGUUCUGUCAGGGCCGUGCUUUUCAGCCAUGCCUUGCUUAACUGUAAAAGAGGAUACGCUUAAAUGAUUCAUUUAAAUAUUAGCCCUUGAAAAAGCCUAGAACGAAACGUUGCAAUGUAACAUCUCGCAGACGAGAUUAAACAUGAAUCUCAUUUGCUUUAAUAAAAUGGAGUUGGGGUGUUUAUUAAAAAGUAAAUUAUUAUUCGAUCAAAUAUGUCGGUCGUAUUAAAAAAAUUCAAUGGUGAAUAGAUGUGGCAAAAAGGUAACAUUUUCGAUACGUACAAAUUUUUUACAAUGUCACUUGACAUUCUACAAGAAAAAAAUGCAACAAUAAACGGCAAGGGCAAUAUGUCGGUAGUGUCACAGCCUACUACAAGAGGUGGGCUUAGAGUUUACAAGAUAGUUGUCUUGGGUGAUGGUGGUGUUGGAAAAUCAGCUGUAACUUUGCAAUUCGUAAGUCAUAGUUUCCUCGAAUGUCAUGAUCCAACAAUAGAGGAUUCGUAUCAACAACAGGCUGUAAUAGAUGGAGAAGCAGCACUUUUAGAUAUUUUAGAUACUGCUGGACAGGUAGAAUUUACUGCAAUGCGUGAUCAGUAUAUGAGGUGUGGCGAAGGAUUCAUGAUAUGUUAUUCUGUAACAGAUAAACAUAGUUUCCAAGAAGCUUUAGAAUAUCGUAAAUCAAUAUCACGUGUACGGCCUAACGAGCAUAUUCCACUUGUAUUGGUUGGUAAUAAAUUUGAUUUACAGCAUCAGCGUGAGGUAUCAACAGAAGAAGGUAAAGCGCUUGCAGAACAAUUAGGAUGUCCAUUUUAUGAAACAUCUGCUGCGCUCCGGCAAUUCAUAGAUGAUGCUUUUUAUUCAUUAGUUCGACAAAUACGUGCAAAGGAAAGAUCACGUAAUUCAGUUCGAAAACAUAGUCGUUGGUGGCGUCUUCGUUCAAUUUUUGCUUUUAUAUACAGAAGAAAGCGAAGACAUCAUCACCACCAUCAUUAUUCUCCAUAAUAAUAACCAAUUUUAAAGGAAUUUAUUAGAUAUUUUACAUUAGUGAGAGAUAUAGAAAGAAAAAAAAGUAACUAACUUUUGGGCUAAAUUACAACGAAGAAAAAGAUUUUAAUGACUUUUAUAUUUUUAGAGUACUUUCCUAGGAAUUAAUAAUUUACUAACAUCACACUGCCUUAUCAUCAAACCUAAAUCAUAGGUAAUUUUGAAAUGAGAAAGUGAAUCAUAUAUUGAGAUGGCAUGUUUGUAUAUUAGAUUUGUGUUAUAUCAAUCCAAACUGACAUGCCCAACAGAACAAUGUUGAACCUAGAAUGUAAUAAAAGAUUCACUUUCACUAUAAA